AUGCUUUGCGACGGCAAUCAAGCUGAGACUUGCGGCGGGUCUGCCUUAUUGAAUAUCUACGAUUCUGGGGUCUCACCUACCACCAGCACCAGCACUAGCUCAUCUAUCUACUCCAGACCUACUACUGUACCUUCUGUCGGAUCUUGCUACUUCGUGGGCUGUUACAGUGAGGCAACCAACUCUCGAGCCUUGAUUAAUGCUCACUACACUGACUACUCGGCAACUGGAAUGACUGUCGAGAAGUGCGCAGCGUCAUGUGGGCCUACCUACAGCCUAUUUGGUGUUGAGUGGAGCGGCGAAUGUUACUGCGGCAAUACAUUACAAGCUGGAUCUGUACUCAUGCCGAUCGAACAAUGCCAGACGAAUGUCUGCGAUGGCGACAGCACAGAGUAUUGUGGUGGAUCAUCCAGACUGGGCCUUUACUAUUGCCCACCGCCACCCACCACGCUCACUACUACGUCUACUAUCCAUGAUUUCGUCACAACUGUUCUAGCCACUAGUGUCGCGCCAACCUAUACAUCAACCGUGGAUACAGUUACAACAACUAGCACAACAACCGUUGCUACCAUCACGACGUGCAUUCCUCAAGGAUACGUCACGUUGAACAAGAGAGACCUUGAGAACGGUCUCACUACCGUUGCGUUAACAAGCACGACCACGACAGUGCCUCUUACGGAGUACCUGACUAGUAUCUCCACAACGAUCACUACACCGUUAGCAACCUUUACGCCCACCACAACCGUGACCGCAGCCGUCACCUACACAAGCAACGUUUGCCCCACACCAUCAGCCUCAUGCAACAACCAAGGUCUCCAAUGGGCUUACUACGAUAACGCAGUCUACAACAACGACGUUGUCUACAGCGCCUUCGACCCCACAGUCUACAAAGACCAAACCCCUCAAAUCACUGGCGUCACCAGCACUCUCGGCGGCAUCAACACAAACUCCAACCCAAUUGUCGACCUCUACGGCUCCAGCGUCGACAUCGGCCUCAACUACUUCGCCCUAAACCACGUCGGCUACAUCUUCGCGCCGCUAACCGGCACCUACACAUUCGUGCUCCCCUGUCCUGACGACAUCGACUUUGUCUGGAUCGGGCAAUUCGCCUACUCCGGCUACACUCGAGACAACGCAAACAUUAUGAAUGACUACGGGACCUACUCUACUGAGACAUACUCUAUUAAUCUGGUGGCGGGGAAUUACUAUCCGGUGAGGAUUAUGUUCGCGCAGGCGCAGGGACCGGCGAUCUUCCAGCUAAGUCUGACGGAUCCAUCGGGGACAACGAUGUUGAGUUCGGACAGUAGUCAGAGUCCUUUCUUGGUGCAGUAUUCUUGUGAUGGGGUUGCGGCUCCUGCUUUUAUCCCUUGGGGGUCCGAGAUUUAA